AUGACCAACCGCGCAGCAUGGAUCGUAUCUGAAAAGGCAAAGCCCUUGAAAGUCGACGAUGCGCCUUUGCCAAAGCCCGAACCAGGAACGCUCGUUAUCAAAAACCAUGCAGCGGCGGUGAAUCCAAUUGACUGGAAGAUCCAAAACUACGAAUACAGCGCCUAUGUCAAGAACUACCCCUUCAUCCUGGGAACAGACGUAGCAGGAACAGUCGACGAAGUAGGCGAGGGAGUUACCCGUUUCCAGAAGGGUGAUCGUGUUAUUUCACACGUUCCCAGCCUCCUAACAGCAAAUCCCAUCCACUCAGGCUACCAGCUCUAUCCGCACGCUUAUUCGAGCCUUACGUCGAAGAUUCCGGAUUCCUUGUCUUUCGGACAAUCUGUCGUUCUACCGUUGGCCAUCUCAACGGCUGCAGCUGGGCUCUAUUUACCUGGUUACCUGUCUCUCCCCUUACCCACCAUCAACGACAAUCCCAAGUCCAGACCAACAUUCGGUGCUAAAAAAUCGGUACUAAUCUGGGGCGGGUCGUCCUCCGUCGGCGCAACGGCGAUCCAACUCGCCGCCGCAUCGGGAUUGAGGGUUGUGACCACGGCCUCAGGAUCGAACUUUGACUUCGUGAAGUCGCUGGGUGCGUCGUUGGUGUUUAAUUAUCAGGCCAAAAGUUUAGUGGAGGAUGUCGUGAAAAAGUUAAGCCAGGCGGAGAGUGAACUGGUUGGUGUUUAUGAUGCCAUUAGCGAGGAGAAGAGCAUCGCACCUAUUGCGGAGAUCCUGGAGAGACUUGGGAAGAAGGGCUUGAGGAUUGCGAGUGUGUUGCCGUAUAAAGAGGCGAGGGGGUUGAAUGCUAGAUUUGUCUUCGCGCUACACCUGGCCAUGUCUGAACACGAACAGAUUGGAAAGGCUAUAUGGGAGGACUUUGUCCCUGCUGCCCUUGAUAACGGCCAGUUGCAGACGAAGCCUGAUCCGAUUGUUGUUGGGAAGGGAUUGGAGAGUGUGCAGCAUGCGCUGGAUGUACAGAUGAAGGGUGUUUCUGCGAGGAAGGUUAUCAUUGACUUUCAAUAG